GAUCUAAAAAAGGCUUAGUGCGUCGGCCGGAAGCUCUCCACUUGCCCCACCUAUGCAUCAUCUUCUAUGCGUUGUUGCUCCAGAUCGCCUGUCGAACGCAAGAGAAAGCAUCGAUCCUCAAAUAACAUCGGUCUACGCUGAGCAUCUUAAUCUCUAGUUUCUUCUUUAUUAGUUGCAGAUACACAGGACGAGUGUGAUAUGGACACUCCCACGAGAAGCUCCGAGCCGUCGUCCGUCGCCUCGGAUGACGGUGGAUAUAACACACCCACACAUGAUACUUUAUCUCACAUCUCCAGCGAUGAGUAUGGCGCGCCGCAGCAUGAUGGCAACAUACCAGAAUAUACACACCCAGAUUUUGCCUUGCCGAGCUAUUCAAGCGUGAACCAAAGUCAAGUAGGGGUGUGUCCCUGGAAAGGAGGCACGUACAUCAUCCGCGACCCCAAGACCCAGCUCGUCAUAGCCCUAGAGAAGGGUGUCUUGGGCCUGUACCCGGAAGCAAACGAAGUGGAAAGCCUAUAUCACUACGGUCGUGGCAGUCACUGGCAUUGUGUGGAGAACGACCGUAUGUGGCUCGGCUUCUAUAACGCAGUCUCUGGUACAUAUAUUGGGCAUGAUAAUCGGAAGAGCAACUGGCGGUUCCAGGCUAAAGCAGAGCGGCAUGAUGAGUGGGAAUGGUUUUGUGCGCGUCAGCACCCAGAUGGCGGACAUAUCUUGCUGGUGAAGCACUGGAAUGAGUUUUUGCCGAUGAGCACCGGGGGGAAAGAUGACCGGGAGUUAACGGUGGACGCGCAACGAGAGGGUGGGACUGUCUGGGAGUUUAUCAGAGUUGAUUCGGAAAAGUAAGCUGGACGUACGGACUCUGAGAGACGGUCGGGAUCUGGUGGUUCAUG